UCUUUUGGUAUAAAAGGUAAAAACUGUAUCUUCGCUCAUAAAUUAUCUCAAAUCCAAUCUGAAACUCUCUGAUACUAGCAUUGGUGUGUGUUUGGACACGAUGAUAAGGUCAUCCCUGAUCCGUUCUUCUUGCUAUUCUCCUCUUCUCCUCGAAGCCAAAGAUGUUAUACGUUCAUCUUCUUCUUCUUCUUCUUCUUCCUCUGUAAGAUUUGCCUAUACUACUACUGUAACCUCUUGCUCUUCAAGAAGCGAUGCUUUUAUUCCAAAGCUUGAGCCUUUUAGCCGACCCAAGUUCGAAAGGAUCCUCAAAGACCCACCUUUGAUCGAAAAGUCAGAAAACGAGCUCGCUGAUUAUUGUUCUACGCUAGAAGGAGAUGAUUCUUAUAGCUGUUGGAGAGGUUAUUUUGAACUCAAAGAACUUGAAAGGCAGUCACCAAAGAAAGAUGUGGAGAAGCUAAUUCUUCAAGCAGGGGGCUUAAAGUCCUUAAUUGGAGUCUUACACAGCAUUGCUGCAAUGUUCAAAGGAAAGACUAAUGAGUUCAAUAUGGCCAAGCCAUCAAACAUUGAGGAAGGAGAGAAACUGUGUCCAAUACCGGAUGGAUUGCCGAAAUCAACAGAAGAGCUUGAGGAAGAAGAGCAAGCUAGAAUGCCUGAUUCGCCAUACACCCGGAUGCUUAGAACCAAGGGGAGGUUCCCUGCAUGGUACUCCCCUGCCCCUGACCACGAAACUGACUGAUUAUUGUGAGCUUUGUGCUGUGUGGAAGGGUUGAGCGAGUUUGAGUCCAGUGGUUAGCUGUAUAUAUACAUUACGGAUGUGGUGGUGAUAGAUGAAAGAUUUUCAGACAGGUUGUGUCGAGGCUUUGAGAUUUGUAACCGUAGGAGUUUCUUGUAAAAUUGCUUCAAGUAGUGAACCUUAUCUCCUACCAUUAAAAUCAAGUUGAGUAUAUUUCAAAAUAAUGUUUGAUAAUUGAUACUUUGUAACUAUGAUAUAAAUUAGGAAUGGCUAAUAGCUUGAUUUGAGUUGCA